AUGCUCGCAGAAACACACCACCGACUCCUCUCUUCUCUUCACGCGUCGACGACGACUUCGACUCGGCGCACUCGUCUUCAAAGCAGCAACAAAAGCGGAUUCGUGUCAUUCACUGCGCGUCGUUUACGUUUCGGAACGAAGAGAAACACUUCACGUUUCCGCGCUUGGGGGAAACCAAUCUCGUCGUCGACGACGAAGGAUGAAACGACGACAGAAACGCUCCGAAAGGACGACGACGACGAAGAAAAAGGCGCCGUGUUUCAAGGUGUCUACGAAUUUGCCAAGCACAGGUGUUAUUACGAACGCAAAGGCGACGUGAAAGCGGCAAAAGUGCACGUGAUAUUCUUGCACGGAUUUGGCGUUGGGACGUUUCACUACAGGAAGCAAUUGAACGCGUUAAGCGAUGAAGAAGUAUGCGCGUGGUCGAUGGAUAUUUGCGGCCAAGGCAAAUCCUGGCCUAGAAGCGGAGAAGACGUGAGGGAUUUUGAAUACAGCAUGGACAGUUGGAGAGACCAGGUGGAGUACUUCGUGAGAGAGGUUGUUUUGAAAUCAUCGACGGAGGAGGCGAAGGUGAAGGUGGUGCUCGCGGGGAACUCUUUGGGCGGGAAGUUGGCGCUGUACGUCGCCGCGACGAGCGAAGAUAUCACAGAUGGGAUUAUUUUGUUAAACGCGACUCCGUUUUGGGGAUUUCUGGAGAAGAGAGUGCGCUUUUUGACGAAAGAGAACGAGUUCAUCGUGAAAUUGACGCAACCGUACUGGGAUAACUUUCGAUCGAAAGAAAACGUGAGAAUGCUGUUGACUUUAGUCUACGCCGACAAAACUAAAAUCGAAGAAUCACUGAUCGAGAAUAUAAUCGAACCCACUGAAAAUGAAUUCGCAAUACGAGCUUUUAUCAGCACGUUCACCUCGCCGAAAGCGUCUCGAUUGAGUUACGACGAAAUGUUAGAAACGAUACGCGAUCGAAACGAAUCGAUGUUUUUUAAAGUCGCUCUGUGUUACGGUCGAGAGGACCCGUGGGUGGUGCCUUUGUGGGGACAGCGUUUGAAAAGAGUGAUUAAAAACGCCACGUAUUACGAAUUAAGCCCAUCUGGACAUUGUCCGAACGACGAAACGCCGGAAGCCGUCAACGCAGUCGUUCGGUCGCUUCUCGACGAGUGGUUUUUGAAUACGACGACGACGUCUGUUCGGAGGACGUUACCAAAACAAAUAGACGGCGUCUCGAUCGAGUUAGUCGACGGGUCGCCCAGGAACGUCUUCGAGAAGGUAGAUUAUUGGAAAGAUACGUUCGUCUCGAAGUUGUUGUCCUCGUCGUCUGCGUGA